AUGGCUUUACAAGCCUAUAGAGGUCUCCUCCGAGCAGCGAGGGCAGCUUUUCAAGGCGAUGAACGAGUCUUGACUGCAGCACGAGCCUCUAUACGUGAAAGUUUCCGCGUCAAUGCCUCGCUAGAGUCUACGGAUCCCGAGUUACCAGGCGCCAUCAAGCAUGCUGAAGAAGUCGCCGCCAUUUUACGACAGAAUAUAGUGCAGGGGAAGAAAGACGGCGAAAUAUAUAAGCUACGGAUACACGAGGAUACGGAACGUGGCGACAACGAUACAGUCAAGUUCCCGAAUGGCCAGACAGCUAAAAUCGACGGGAAGACAUGUGCCGAUAGGUGA